UUUAUUCGCGUUUGAUCUUCAGUAAUUAUCUCGUCACGAUGACGAGAUUAAAAUUAUUAAUCUCCUUUCAGAUUAGGUUAUUCUUAACCUUACUCAAUGGAGAAUGAGCAGAGCAUUGAAGUAAAUACUCGACAUCAACCGAGUCAGUAAAUUCGUCGUUGUCAAUAAAAAACAUCGAAAGAAUUCCGAUAGUUUAAUUAUGAUGAUAUGAAAUACAUUGACAGUUUCGAUCUCUAAAAGUUUUCAUGUGGAAACGAAUAGAAAAUUAGAAGAAAAGGGGAAAUUAGAAACAAGUGGUAUUCUCUCUCAAGACAGAUUUCGAGACAAAAUAAAAACGUUAGCAACUGUGCAUCUACAAAAAUGGUAUCGAAAAUUCUGUUUCGUGGAACAAGUCGGACGUUAUGUUAUCGCAUGAUAUGCGGUAAAUUAAAUUUAUUAAAUCCUAGAUAUAAUCCUGGUCCUAACGUUGCGUGUAAUGUAGUGUCAAUGUCCUCGUUGCCACCUGACAGUCCGAUGAACGUGUUCGAUAAGAAGACCAAGCUGCUGCAGCGCGAACGCGCUGCAAAGAACGCUGAUGUCCAUCUGUAUGAUUACCUCAAGGACGAAGUGGGUGACAGGCUGUCCGACCGGAUAUUCGAUAUCAAACGAAAGUUUGGCAGGGUCCUCAAUCUGGGAUGCGGUCGCGGUCAUGUAUCCAAGCGAAUCCUCGGCGAGUCUGUGGAGGAAUUGGUGCUGGCCGAGAUGAGUCCAAGUUUCUUGCAGCAAGCCGAUACCGUGAAGGGAAUGAGAGUCAAGAGGGAAGUCAUUGAUGAGGAGAAUGUGUCCUUCGAACCUAACAGUUUCGACAUGGUGAUAAGUUGUUUGAGUCUUCAUUGGAUUAAUGACCUUCCUGGAUGCUUCCGACGUAUCAAUAAUAGUCUGAAAAACGACGGAGUCUUUCUAGCGGCUAUAUUUGGCGGCGAUACUCUUUACGAGUUGAGAAGUUCCUUGCAAUUAGCCGAACUGGAGAGACAUGGUGGGAUUUCGCCGCAUAUUUCACCCUUUGUGGAAAUCAAGGACAUUGGAUCUUUAUUAACAAGAGCGAAUUUUACUAUGUUGACUAUUGAUACUGAUGAGAUAGUCAUCGGUUAUCCGAGUAUGUUCGAGCUUAUGUGGGACUUGAAAGGAAUGGCAGAAAAUAAUGCAGCCAGGAAUCGUAACUUGCACCUCCGAGAUACGCUGAUUGCAGCAGCAUCCAUAUAUAAAGAACUGUAUGGAAAAGUCAAAGAAGAUGGUACUGUAUUCGUUCCUGCCACGUUUCAGAUAAUAUAUAUGUUGGGAUGGAAACCAGAUGCAUCUCAACCAAAGCCUCUCGAGAGAGGAACAGGGGAAAUAUCACUUAAGGACCUGUAUAAACUCGACGAAAUCAUUAAAACCAGUAAGAAAAUAAAACUAGAUGAUGAUAAAUAGUAUAUUAAAUAGUUUUUAUUGAUUGCACAUUGAACUAUGUAAAUAUUCUAAUAUAUCAUGUGUAAAAAAUUAA